CGACUUCCUCCAAUCACGAUUUUGCGGCGGUAACAGUAACAUCGUAAAUAUCUGUGAGCACUUCAAAUCAACACCUACGAAUUUCAUAUAUAAGCAGAAAAUUUGCUUAGCCGUUAAAUCGCACUAGAGAGGCAUACUCCAGAUUCGCUAAGUCAAUAGAUCCUACCAACAGCACCAACAAUGGGGGAUAUUGGAGACGUCGUGGCCAUCAACGAUCAAUCGACCGGGAUCGACAAGGAAGCGUCACAGACCAAACCGCGAAUGCUGAACUUUGGUGUCGUAGGCAUAGGCAGAAUGGGACAACAGCACGCCCUCAAUAUUCUCAAAUUAGUGCCCCAAGCUAGGCUUGUGUGUGCCUGUUCACCGGCCAAAGCAGACUUGGACUGGGCUGAGACCAACCUGAUCCCCCAUGGAGUCGCCGUCUUUCCAACCUUUGAGGAGAUGAUCCGGUUCCCAGGUCUCGACGCCGUGGUGGUAGCGUCCAUCUCAGAACUCCAUUAUCAACAUACAAAAGCGUCGCUAGAGCAAGGACUCCACGUACUCUGUGAGAAACCUGUCACACAGACGGUCGAACAGCUCCAGGAACUGGUGUCAAUAGUACAGUCCUCUUCAAACCAAGCACGGCUCAUGGUCGGCUUCACUCGACGUUUCGACGAGAACUACCAAGAGGCGGCGCAAAAGAUCCGUGAUGGCGCCAUUGGAGCGCCUGUGAUCAUUCGGUCCCAGGGCUGCGAGAAACUCGACGAUGGUCCCUUCAUGCACACAUAUGUCGUCAAUGCAGCAAAAGCCGGUGGUUUCUUUGUCGACUCCAUCAUUCACGACAUCGAUCUGACCUUGUCCUUUCUUGAGGCUGGCGGCCUAUCUACCACACCUCAGUCCGUUUGCGGGUUCGGCACGGCCGCCCACUUCAAGGAGCUCGAGCAAGAGGCCUUCCGAGAUGGCGACAAUGUUGUGGGCAUGGUUCAAUUCUGGGGCGGCCAGAUCGCCUUCCAUUACAACUCCCGCACUGCUGCAGCCGGUUAUGACAAUCAGACCGAGAUUUUCGGCACCCACGGCAAGAUGUCGGUGAACCUGAUUUCGAAGCGCAACAGAUUAGAGCUGUCUGAUGAGAGUGGCGUGCAUUGCUCAGUGUUGCCGAGCUGGUAUGAUCGCUAUAAACCCUGUUUCGUGUCGGAAGUGAUUGCGUUUACGGAUGCGGUGCUUGAGCAGAAGCCAAUGCCAAUCUCGUUGGAGGCGUGUGUCACGAGCUUGACGAUCGCACAGGCUCUGCAGGAGAGUUUCAGGACGGGGAAGAAGAUCGACUUUGACAAGGAGGGGAAGCGUAUCUGAUAGCUUCGCGCGAUACACCUACAGAUGGGAAUUCUAGGUCGGUACAUAUAUGUCCUGAAGACAAAUGAAACUCAAUAGAUGCUUGUAUAGCGGAAAAAUCAUUGACGAGAUUACGG